GUAAUGUAACAAGCACACAUUGCACACACAAACACAAUAAUCACAAAACACAAUGUACUAAUUUUCACUCAACUCCAGAUCUCAAAUCCCACCUAUAAACACAACAUUCCUGUAUCUAUAGGUCUCCAUCAUGGCUCCGAUCAAGGAGGUCAGUCGAUCGGCGACGGUGGCGUUCUCGCCGGACAAGCCGUUCUUCGCCGCCGGAACAAUGGCCGGCGCGGUGGACAUCUCCUUCAGCACGUCGGCGAAUCUCGACAUUUUCAAGCUCGAUUUCCAGUCGGACGAUUACCAAUUGCCGCUUGUCGCGGCGCUGCCGAGCACGGAGCCGUUUAAUCGGUUGUCGUGGGGGAAGAGUUUGAUCGGGAGCGACGAUUUCGCGUUCGGUUUGAUUGCUGGCGGUUUGAAUGACGGGAAUAUCGGGAUAUGGAAUCCUGCUACUCUUAUUAGUUCUGAGUCAAAUGAAGGUGCUCUUCUUCAACAGCUUACCAGACAUAAAGGACCUGUACGGGGUCUAGAAUUUAAUUCUAUCUCUCCAAACCUUCUCGCCUCUGGGGCUGAUGAAGGUGAAAUCUGUAUCUGGGACAUUGCAAAACCUACUGAACCUACUCAUUUUCCUCCUCUCAAGGGUAACGGGUCUGCUACUCAGGGUGAAAUCUCAUUUUUAUCAUGGAACAGCAAGGUUCAACAUAUUUUGUCAUCUGCUUCAUUUAACGGGACAACUGUGGUUUGGGACCUGCGGAAGCAGAAGCCAGUGAUAAGCUUUUCAGAUUCAGUUAAAAGGAGGUGCUCUGUUCUGCAGUGGAACCCUGAUGUUGCCACACAGCUUAUUCUUGCUUCAGACGAUGACAGUUCACCUUCACUCAGGGUUUGGGAUAUGCGGAAUACAAUGUCACCACUGAAAGAACUAGUGGGGCACACUAAAGGUGUAGUUGCUAUGUCUUGGUGUCCCAAUGACAGCUCUUAUUUGCUUACAUGUGCCAAAGAUAAUCGUACUAUUUGCUGGGACAUAGCAUCCUCGGAGAUUGUCUCUGAAUUACCUGCCGGAACCAACUGGAACUUUGAUGUUCAUUGGUAUCCAAAAAUACCUGGGAUCAUAUCAGCAUCUUCUUUUGAUGGAAAAAUUGGUAUCUACAAUAUUGAGGGUUGUGGCCGAAAUGGCGUUGAAGAUGGCGAUAGUCGUGCUGGUCCUUUAAGAGCACCCAAAUGGUAUAAACGUAAAGCUGGAGUUUCUUUUGGUUUCGGGGGAAAGCUCGUCUCAUGUAAAUCUAAAGAUGCUUCGGCUGAAUCUUCAGAGGUUUUUGUGCAUAAUCUAGCUACUGAAAACAAUUUGGCGGAUAGUUCCUCUGAAUUUGAAGCUGCAAUGCAAAGUGGAGAGCGAUCAUCACUCCAACUCUUAUGUGAAAAAAUGUCUCUCGAGUCUGAAUUAAUGGAUGACAAGGAAACUUGGGGCUUCUUGAAGGUCAUGUUUGAGGAUGAAGGAACAGCAAGGACAAAACUUCUUACGCACCUAGGUUUCAGUUUACCUAUUGAGGCAAAAGAUGCUGCGCAAAAUAAUCUCUCACAGGAUGCAAGCGCCCUUGGCAAUGAAGAAAGAGCAGAUAAAGGACAAAUGGGAAAUAAAGAAACAACCUCAUACUCUUUUGACGGGGAAGAUUUCUUUAACAAUCUUCCAAGUCCAAAAGCUGAUACGCCUGUUUCAACUCCUGGCACCACCUUCGAUGCCCAAAGCUCCGUUCCAAACGGGGAAGAGAAACAGCAGCAGUCUGAUGAACAAGAAGAGACCGCUGAUGCUUUAUUUGAUGAUACUGUUCAACGUGCUUUGGUUGUUGGGGACUACAAAGGGGCUGUUGCUCAGUGCUUUAAUGCCAGCAGGAUCGCAGAUGCUCUUGUUAUAGCCCAUGUUGGUGGAGCUUCUUUGUGGGAGAGUACACGUGAUCAAUACCUGAAAAUGAGUCAUUCUCCUUACCUUAAGGUUGUCUCUGCUAUGGUGAACAAUGAUCUUAGGAGCCUUGUAAAAACAAGGCCUCUAAAAGCCUGGAAGGAAACCCUUGCUCUUCUUUGCACAUUUGCACAGGGAGAGGAGUGGACAGUUCUAUGCGAUGCGCUUGCUUCUAGGCUUGUUGGAGCUGGCAAAACACUAGAAGCAACUCUUUGUUAUAUAUGUGCCGGAAACAUAGAUAAAACAGUGGGUAUCUGGUCAAAGAGUGUUAGAACUAAGCAGAAUGGGAAUUCCUAUGUUGGCCUUCUUCAGGGUAUAAUGGAGAAGACGAUGAUUCUUGCUAUGGCAACUGGACAAAAAAGAAGUGCUUCUCUGUGCAUGCUAGUCGAGAAGUAUGCUGAAAUUUUGGCAAGUCAAGGGUUGUUAGCAACUGCAACAAAGUACCUAAAUUUCAUGGGGAAUGAGGAAUUAACCACGGAACUUAUUAUCUUACGAGAAUGUAUAGCCCUUUCUACUGAACCUGAGAGAGAAGUGCCAGCGCCUGCAAAUUUCGGUAGCUCCCAGCCUCAAAAUGAUACUUAUGUUGCUGAUCGGCCCAAUUAUGGUGUUGAUACCCAUCAGAAUUAUUACCAGGAAACAGCACCCCCACAGCUGCAGCAGACAAUUCAAAGUAGUCAAGAGUCGUUCAAUCCUUCAUAUGCUAGAGGAUAUGUUCCUCCUUCCCCAUACCAAAACCCUCCCCAAUCUAAUAUAUUUCUUCCAACACCGGGACCAGUUCCUUCAGCACAGCCUACUUUUUCCACGCCCGGGUUUAACAGUCAGCCUGCAGUGAGACCUUUUGUUCCUUCCACUCCUCCAGCGCUAAGAAAUGUAGAGCAGUAUCAGCAGUCCACAUUAGGCUCACAAUUAUAUCCUGGCCCCAAUGCAAAUCCUGGUUAUCAGGCUGGUAUUCAAGGGGUUGGGUCUCGUGGACCUGUUCCUUCUCAGUUUCCAGGAUCUGUGAAUAUGCCCCAGGUUGUGACUCCAAUUCCAGGACCUAGAGGAUUUACACCAAUCAGUAAUACGGAAGUUCAGAGAUCUGGGAUGGGUUUAGCGCAGCCACCCAGUCAUACGCAAACAACACCAGCACCAGCUCCUGUAGCUCCGCCAGCUCCCCCACCUACAGUGCAGACUGUUGAUACUUCAAAUGUCCCUGCUCACCAGAGGCCGGUUAUAACAACUUUGACUAGACUUUUCAAUGAGACAUCGGAAGCACUGGGUGGUUCACGAGCAAAUCCAGCUAAGAAGCGGGAAAUUGAAGACAAUUCAAAGAAAUUUGGUAGCUUGUUUGAAAAACUCAACAGUGGAGAUAUAUCUAAAAAUGCUGGGGAAAAGCUUGUGCAGCUCUGCCAAGCUCUGGACAGGGGUGAUUUCAGUACUGCUCUCCAAAUCCAGGUGCUUCUUACUACGAGUGAUUGGGAUGAAUGUAACACAUGGUUAGCAGCACUCAAAAGAAUGAUCAAAACUAGGCAGAAUGUGAGAUAAUGUUUGUCUCAGGAUUCUAGCUUAGCAGGUCAGACCCUGUUUUAAAUUUCUUAUAGAUAUAUAGACCGAAGUCAGUGCUCUCUGUAUACAACACCGGCAUUUUAGAAUGUGGUGGCAGGGUUACAGUUUGUUAUUCUCUCAUGUUACUAGUCUCCAACGUCAUAUACUGAAUAUUCUUCCUAUAUUUAAAAGCAGAUAGAAAUUACAGUUCUGACUUUUGAGAGAAUGCUAGUGUACUUGCAAUGACUGUUUGUAAGUGCUUUCAGAAAUAGAUUUUGCCUUUCCUUUGAUAGAAGGCACAGUUUUGUUGGUGUCAAUUGAGCUCUGCUUAGAAAGAUUGGAGGAAGAUCUUAAUAAGAUAAUAUUGUAGCUGAGUCAUUAUUGUUUGGACACGAGGAAUAUUAUUUAGAUAUAUUAAAAUCUUAAUUGAUAUACCUGAUUUUAUGGUU